AUGAAGAAAAAGGUGGACGGGAGGAUUAAAACCCUAGUGGAGAACAACGUCGCGCUAGGGCAGCGCAGCAUGUUCCUGGUGAUAGGGGACCAGGGGAAAAACGUAGUGGUGAAUUUCCACUUCCUUCUGAAUCGGCUAGUCAGCAGGACGCACAACAUCCUUUGGUGUUACAAAAAAAAGCUCGAUUUCUCCACAAGCAAGAAGAAACGAUUCAGAGAAAUGAAGAAAAAAAUAAAAAAAGGAACCUUCGACACAACCAUCGAUAACAAUUUCGAUACAUUUCUAAAAAGUGCUAAUAUCAGAUUCUGCUUCUACAAUGAGACGAAGAAGGUUCUGGGAAACACUUACUCCAUGUGUAUACUGCAAGACUUCUCCUACAUCACACCGAACAUUUUGUGUAGAUGUAUAGAGACCGUAAUCGGGGGAGGGAUCAUUUUGUUUCUCUUAAAUAAGCUGGACGACGUGAAGAACAUCUACAACUUGACCUUAAACUGUCACAAGAAGUAUACACAGAGUGGCAUUUCCACUGUCCACAAUAAUUACAUCACGAGGUUUUUCCUCUCCCUGAAUCAGUGUCGCAAUGCUAUGUUUAUCGAUGACGAGAUGAAUAUACUACCUCUGAAUGAGAACCACCUGCAGGUGAAGAAGAUGGUGGGGGUAGCGGACUCACGUGAAGGGGAUGCUACUGCCACUGUUCCUGCCUCUCGCGCCGCCACGCUGGGCGGACACCUGUGCCCGGAUAAAGAGGAACUUCGGAAGAGGUUGGCUGAGCUGGAAGACAUUUGCGAGGAAAACGAGAGGAGGGCGGAGGAGCGCCGCCGUUUCUUGUACUCCGCGAGAGUCUGUGCGGCGGGGGAAGAAGAUGGCAAAGAAGUGGGAAAAAAAGUGGGCAAAAAGAUCAACGGCCAAUUCGGCAGCGAAAUCGCAAACCCCGCAAUCGCUGCGGAGGCCGAGCCGUACUCCUUCCUGAAAAGACCCAUAAUGAACCUCCUGCGGAUCUGCCUCAGCAUCGACCAGUUGGAGGUGCUUCUCAAUAUGUGCAAACUGCUCCGCAAUGACGAAGAGAAAAAGAGGCAAUUAAAGGAGGUCCUCAUCAGUCUCCUCGCCAACCGAGGGAGAGGCAAGUCGGCCACGCUGGGGUUACUAAUCGCCCUAAGUAUCCACUUCAACUACACCAAUGUGAUUCUCUGCUCUGGAAAUAACGACGGCAUGAACACCAUCUACGAUUUUAUUGAUCAGGGACUGAACCUUCUGGGGUACAAAGAAUUCACUCACUACGAAAGGGUCUACCAUUUAGGCAAGCUAAAAGAGAUAAUCAUAUUUAAAGAACUUCAAGAUCUAAGGAAUGUAAAACAGAGGAUUCGAUAUUUUGACAUUCUAGAAGACGACAUGGUGAACUCCGAACUGAUGAUCAUAGAUGAAGCUGCUUGUAUCCCUAUUGACAUUUUGAGAAAGAAGAUCAAGGGAGAGAUCACCAUCCUGUCUACCACCCUUAACGGUUACGAAGGGACAGGAAAGACCUUCAUCUUUAAGCUACUAAAACAGUUAAAGAAGAAAUUCGUCUCCCAGUUGACUUAUGAAGAAUUUAGACAAAUGAAGAGACUCUAUUUCGAGAGAGCAUUCGUCGAUGUUUCCUUAGACACCCCUAUAAGGUACAGCUAUAACGAUCAGGUGGAAGCCUGGCUGAAUAACUUUCUCUGCCUCAACUGCAACGAACCAUUCAAACUGAGACACUCCCUUUGCUCUCCCCCCAAUUGUCAAAUGUACUUUGUGAAUAAAAGCAUCUUCAAACGUUUCAGCAAGACGAGUGAAAAUUUGCUCAGAAAAAUAAUGACCCUUUUUGUGACUUCCCAUUACAAGAAUACACCAAACGAUUUGAUUAUGAUCUUGGACUCGCAGCAGCACCACCUGUUUGUCCUGCUUAGCGGCAACGUAGACUGCAAUAACCUCUCCGCUGAGGAAGUGGACGAGUUAGACAUUUACGGCGUGGUGCAUUGCGCCAUCGACGGGGUUGUUCGCCCGGGAGAGGCCAGACGGUUCGUCAAGAUGGAGGAUAUCGUCAAAGUGGGGCAGAACCAUGGCGAUACCAAUGGCAAUUCGAAUGGUGACCACAGCCAAAAUGGCAACUGCACACCGGGGGGGGACCCCUCGGAUGGCUGCACAAAUGGACAAACUGCUGCCCCAGCCGCGGCGAAGCACCCCCUUUCAAACGAAUUCGAAGGAAAUCUAAUGCCAUACCUAGUUACCGAGCAUUUUGAUUACUACUUCUACAGCUACAUAGGAAUAAGGGUGGUCCGUAUCUCUAUCCACCCUUCGAUACAAAAUUUGAAUUACGGCUCGCAAUUCCUGCGGAAGGUCUUCGACUAUUACAGCAUGUAUAAUGGACCGGCUCGGGAAUCUGCAUCGCCCUACCGGGAGAACGUCAUUCUGUAUCGAUGCAGCGGUGAAGGCGACCACACCGAUGGACGCAUCUUCUUCGACAGCCAACUCAGCCACGUCGACUACGUGGGCACCUGCUUCGGACUGACCAAGGGGUUGCUCAUCUUCUGGCAAAAAAACAGCUUCAUCCCCGUCUACCUCAAGCAGCAGAAGAACGAAAUAACAGGAGAGUUCAGUCUCCUCAUGUUAAGACAUCUAAAUCAGAAGCUGAAGAAAGUAUUCACCAACUUCUAUCUCGACUUUGUCCGUAGCCUCUGCAACUUGCUGCCCUACGCCUUCAGAAGGUUGGAGUCAUUUGUCGUCUUCAAUCUUCUCCAUAAUAACCCAAUCAUAUUGGCGAGUCCCACGCGCGAUGAGCUUCUCCUCCCGAGGGAGAAGUCAAACAGGGGAGAAAUAGAAGGGGAAGAAGUAAAAGAAGAGGAACAAAACGGAUCGUUCUUCUCCCAGGAGGAUGCGGACCACUACGCCUGCUUCUAUGACGACGAGCUACUCAGCAAAGAGAACCUCUUUUACUUCUUCCACCCCAACGACAUAUGCCGACUAAAGCGGUUCGUCAUGGAGUCGAAACCCUUCUCGGACAUCCUCUACCUCAUGCAGACGGUUGCCAAUUUGAUUCUCUUCCGGAAGGUCCCUAUCCAGCUUACCUUCCUUGAGUAUACCAUUCUCUACGCUGUGUCCCUCCAAAAGAAAACCUGCCAGGAGAUUUCAGACGAGAUCAGCAUCAACGUCAACCAGACCGUCGCUCUCCUGCGCAAGGUUCUCCAUCGCUUCUACACCUUCCUCAAGGAUCUCAUGCAAAAGGACAUAGAAAAAGAAGUGGAGGAGCAGUUCAGCCAGAAGCUACACAAGCACAAAAAGCGAGCGCGCCAGAUGGAACUCCCGUCGGAGGAAUACAUCGACGAGCUGAACAGGAACACCCGUAUGGUGACGAAGAAGAAUAAGAAGGAGAAGCGAGCCCUCUUGCGCGAAUUUAACCUAUCAGGAACCGUGAAGAGGAAGCAAAUCAACAUCAAGACAAACGACGACGCGGAUCUCCCCAAGGACGAAGUCACCAGCUGA